AGAGAGCCGGUUGAUCAUAAACGAUCGUUUUUUUUUUGCUAGGGUAGUUAUAAAACCAUAAGGAGAAGCUGCUUAUAAGGCAACGCAACGGAAUAAAGCAAUUCAAUACCAUCUUUUAGACUGGAGCAACAAGUUUUGUAGACGACGACGACGACGACGACGAGAUAGAAUAAUGAAACACCCGAAAUUAAUCGGAAUAAUUGCCAUUGUCGGCUUUGCGAGCGCAAUGCCAAAUGGAUUUCAACCCAACAGUUAUCCACAAAAUCAAGUGAAUGCGUGGGGCCAAGCAUGCCGAAACUUUCAACAAUUCCAACUGCAAACUCAAGCAGCUCAAAGUCAGUACUUUUCGAACAACUUCCCUCAAAUUGGCCUGCCGCCGCUUCCAUUUGUGGACGUAUGCUCUCAGAUACCUGGAGGUGGAGGAGGAGGAGGAUUUGCACAAUCUGGAGCCGGUGCUUCAGCGGGAGCGUCAGGAUUUGCAACUGAUAAUCGCUUUGGUGGCAGUAAUGGCGUUCAAGGCGUUAGUGUGAGCACUGGUACUUUUCCUGGCUCUCAAUCUGGAUUUGCAACCAACAAUCGGUUCGGAGGUAGUAAUGGUGGUUCUUUCCAUGGUGUUAGUGUGAGUACAGGAAACUUACCCGGUGGCCAAUCUGGAUUUGCAACUAACAAUCGCUUUGGAGGCGGUGAUGGUGGAUCAUUUAAUGGUGUAAGCGUGAGCUCAGGAAAUUUACCCGGUGGUCAGUCUGGAACAACCGUAACACACUUUGGUCCUGGAGGUGGAACUGUUAGUCAUUACCCGAAUGGAGGUAAUUUCGCGACCGCGAACAGGUUCGGAGGUGGUAGCGUCGGAGGAACAAGUUUCAGUACGUUUGGAACAUCAUCCGGGACAGGAAACGGAGGAUUCGCAACGGCUAACAGAUUCGGUGGUAAUGGAGUUGGUGGUCCUGGUUUUAAUCCAUUCGGUGGAGGAGGAAGCUUUGCUACAGCCACUAGAUUUGGAGAUGAUGGAGCCAAUGUAUAUACGGCCCAAGGACCACAUGGUGCGGGUAUCAGCGUUACCAGUGUCAAUGAUGGUUCCGGUAAGGUACAUACCCAGGUCCAUAAGCAGCAGUACUGAGACUACUCACCCAAUUGAUUGAGUGUGAUAUCAGACAUGAUUGGUUGAAGCCGCCACGAAAAAAUUAUUAUAAUGUCUAAAUAUUAUUGGAAUAACAAGUGCUUUGACGUUAAUUGUCAAAUAAAAUAUUAUAUUUAUGACUCACUUUUAAAUAACUUUUCUAUCAUCAGAAUCAUCAAAAUGCCUCCACUGAGCGAGUGUGGUGAAGCCGAAUAUUGAAAAGCCAAGGCUAUUAAUUUUUUAUUGCCAGCAAAGGGUUUUACGAAAUAAUAUCAUUGUUGAUGACGAAUAAGAAAUUCAACGUAGUUAUUUUGAAACGAUAAAAAAAAUCUAUAUUGGGUAAAUAUGGGUGAUAUGCCGCACCUUUUUAAAAAUCAAUAUUUCUUCAAAAUCAUUCACUGAAUCAACACUUUACUUAUUGUUAUUAAAAGUUGAGGAAUCCUACUAAAUAUUGAAAAAUGAUGUGAAUAAAAAAUGCAAAUCCAUAUUAGAUGCAACA